GCGGUAAACCCCAAACCCCACACCUGAAACAAGUACACACAUAACAAAACAAGGUAAACAUACUCGAAAACACCAAGCAGCGGUCUCUGGGGCUCGGCUCUUGCAUGAAACCCAGACUCCCGCCGGCAGAACCCGCUGCGCUCCCGUUUUCUCCUCCUGCUAAUAUUUGUAACCAGCCUGGAAAACGGGGAGCGGGUCGCUUUAAUUCGGACGCCAUCCCCCUUGACGGUGGAAAAAAAAAGGCGCACUUCUGUUGAAAGGGAACUCAUCCGGGAGGAGAAAACACUGCCAGACGGGUAUGAAGUUUUAAGAGCAGAAGCCACUGUCUUGUUUCUAGCUGGUCAGAAUUGUUGGAGCAUGAGGAAACCAGUGCCACAGAGAGCUAUAGAGUGGAAAGAUACCCGCAGGAUAAAGCAUGCCCGGAGUGGACGGCCCUCCCGGGUGCCCUCACAAUACCAAGGACAUUUUAGUUGGGAAAAAUACCUGAAAGAGGCUGGCGCCGUUGCUGCUCCUGCUUCAUGUUUUAGACAGAGCCUCACACCGCCAGUCAACGAGUUUAAGGCGGGCAUGAAGCUGGAGGCCCAGGACCCGCGAAACACCACGUCCACCUGCAUAGCCACCGUCGUGGGGCUGACGGGUUCACGCUUGCGGCUGCGCUUAGAUGGCUCUGACAAUAAGAACGACUUCUGGCGCCUGGUGGAUUCCUCGGAGAUUCAGCCUAUUGGCAACUGCGAAAAGAACGGAGGCAUGUUACAGCCACCACUGGGUUUCCGCCUCAAUGCGUCCUCCUGGCCUAUGUUCCUGUUGAAAACGCUAAACGGUGCUGAAAUGGCUCCCUCUCGAAUAUUCCACAAGCAGGAGCCUCCCGCUCCAGAGCAGAACUCUUUCCAAGUGGGCAUGAAGCUUGAGGCAGUGGACCGGAAAAAUCCCCACUUUAUCUGCCCGGCCACAGUAGGUUCACUGCGUGGCGUUGAGGUGCUGGUCACCUUUGAUGGAUGGCGCGGAGCCUUCGAUUACUACUGCCGCUAUGACUCGCGUGACAUCUUCCCCGUCGGCUGGUGCACCCUGACUGGAGACAACCUUCAGCCGCCUGGCACUAAAGUGGCAUUGCCUAAGAGCCUUGGGGCACUGACUGACGGAAGUGUGGAGAGCUCGGCCAUGAAUCCCAACCCCAUGGUGGGCCGACCUCCAGGUCAGAGAGGACGUAAGCCGGGCCGCAGGAAAACCAAAGUGCCGGGGCCGUGGAGUCAGAAGGCCUCUGCAAUUGGGCCGCAGGGUAUCCAGCCAGGCAAAGGCCUGGACCCUAUAAAGAUCCCCAAAAAACGUGGUCCCAAGCCUGGGAGUAAGCAGCUGGGCUGGGCAAAGAAAGCUGGCUGGUUGGAGGAGGCCAUGGCCGGCCCGGGACGGCCAGCGACCGGACCAGGGCGAACUAGAGGGAAACUACCUACUAGCUGGGCACAGAGGAUAGCUCUGCAACAGGCCCAGACGCAGGAGGAGGGACCGAUAAAGAUCCCAAAGAAAAGAGGGCCCAAGCCAGGCAGUAAGAGAAAACCACGGGUGGUACCUAAUCCAGUCCCCACGUCUCCCACCAGCAGCACUCCGGAGCCCGACACCAGCACUGUACCCAUGGACAACGCCACCAUCCCCAGCUCAGCAUUACAGGCUCCCACAGUUUGUGUAUAUCUAAACAAGUAUGGUAAGGUGGGACCCCAUCUGGACCCGCGGCGCAUCCACCAGCUCCCAGACCACUUUGGUCCGGGCCGAGCGUCUUCAGUUCUUCAGCAGUGUGUUCAAGCGUGUGUGGAUUCUGCACACAACCAGGGGACAGUCUUCUCCUGCCUCAAGUCUGGACAAGGAGGCGAAGUCAUUUCAGCUUUUUUUGACCAGCGGCAGCACACUCUGACCUUACCUACAGUCAGCAGUGUCACGUACGUCCUCCGCUUCUUGGAGAAACUCUGUCACAACCUACACUGUGAUCCUCUGUUUGGCAGCCAGCCUGUAGCCAGAGGAGGGGUGCACUACAACAGUCUCUCAUAUACCACAGUUUCAGAAAGGAGGAGUUUUGGAGACGCCCUGUCACCAGGUCCAGGCCGAGGAAGCAAGCGUUUGCUCCAGAACUUCAAUGGUCCUCUAUCUCAGAAACUAGCAAAGACCCCCCGGCACUCCACUGAUGGUGAGUCCUUCACUGAGAGCAGUGCUGUAGCAACAGAGCACUUAAAGAAGAUCCCCCACUCUCCAAACUCCCCGGGUCUGACGCCGGGCCUCAGGUCUCCCUCCAAACUGCUGCAUCAUAACAACUCCACAGGCUCAGGCAGUUUCCGAGAGAGCCCCAGGCCCAGUGGUCAGGAUCCAAACUUGUGGACUGUGGAGGAAGUUAUGCAGUAUAUUAGAGAUAUUGACCCAGUGUUGGCUCCACAUGCUGACCUCUUCAGAAAGCAUGAGAUUGAUGGUAAAGCACUGCUGUUGCUGCGGAGCGACGUGAUGAUGAAAUACAUGGGUUUGAAACUCGGCCCUGCCCUCAAACUCACGUUCCACAUCGACAAGCUCAAGCGAGCCUGAGGAGGUCGUGAAACAGCCGCAGCCUCCCAAAGAACAUUUCUCUCGCCCUGACUUUCUGUUCUGGGGUCAGUUUGUCAUGCACUUCAUAACAGACGCAGACUGACCAUUUGCAUGUAGCAUCUUCCACCAGACCAUCGUUUCUUGGGCCUCAUGUACAAAAAAACUUGCGUACUCCGCACACGCAUUGGGAUGUAGUAAAAUCAACUUUGCAAGGGUUUGAGCCUACCGCCACACAGAUUCUGUCAUUUGACAAUGCCCAAUUAUAAAGUAGUGAAACUUUCUUUUAUUCAUCAAAAUAUGUUUCCCUAAAUUUCCUGAACUCGGGAGGGAUUUGAAAACAAGAUUUCUUCCCACGUUCGAGCACUUAUGAUGUACACUUGAACAAUCAAACAAAACCACGUGUAACUUAAUUUUGCCACAUACAUUGUGCCUUAAAAUAUUGCCACGACCUAAAUCCAAAGUAAACUGAUGAGUUUUCUCAGUUUUCUUUCACGCGAAGAUGUUACACACAUCAAGGAGUGAUUGGUUGCAGAGCGCACGAACGUCCAUCGCACACAUGAAAUGAAUUCUCAUUUUCACUGAGAAGAAAACAGUGUUGGAUGAUCAUAUAAAUUAGGAAUAAGCCACAUUAGAUAAAUUAAAAAAUGACAAGGUUAGGCAAGUAUAUGUCCUGUUACAUGGUUGCGUGAAGUCGUGAAGAGUAAUUGCGCAACUUUGGAAGAUUUGGCACAGCUAAAAGAGUUUGGAGGGAGCGUGUCUUCUAGGGCCACGCUGACCUGCUGGUCCAGGAUAACGACUGGAUUAUCGGCUGAUUUAGGUUACAAGAGGAUCUUUCUGGAUCUCUGCGCUGAACUGGUCCCAGCCACGCUCCGGUUUUGAGCAACAGCAGCCGAACUGACAGGUGGCCCUGCCAGCCGUAUGGGGUGGCACUAGGGGUGUAACGAUACACUAAUCUCACGAUACGGUACAAUACACGAUAUUGAGGUCACGAUAACGAUACUAUAUUAUAGCAGUAUUUUUUUAACAACCUUGCAUGAGGAACACAUGACUGGAAAAAAUGGUCUUUUAUUUGAAAGACACAAAAUACAAAACAAUGCUGUGCGUUUUCCCUAUUGUUACAGUUUGUAAUGCUUUAUAACUGUUUAAGUUUUAAAGAGAAAGCCAGGCCAACCAUUUUGCACAAACUGAACUAAAAGUAAAUGUCAGGUUUGCAUUAUGCAUCUUCAGUUUCAUACAAGUAAAAAUAUUUUCCCGUGAUCGGGACCGCAAAACGGUAUUACUUUCUUCUGAGCGGAGUAAGAUUUUGGUCCGCGGGUCGAGGCGCGGUCGGCACGCGUGGUCGGAUGUGCGUUACUAGUCAACACAAUAGAUUAAUAUUAAUAACACAAUAUUGCAAUACACUUUGUCACCUCCACGACACGUAUUGUGACGUUUUUGUAUCGCGAAAUUUUGUGGCACGAUAUAUUGUUACACCCCUAGGUGGCACCCACAUAUUCAAAUCAUAUUUCCCUAAACUGUAGAUGAGCAGGCAAACAUUAAAAUGCAAUUUGCAGCAAACAGCCAAUCUCCUAAUGUAGUCUUUUUGAUAUGACUCUAAAAUGUUACUGACAGUUUGAUUGGUACGAAUUGAUGUAAGCAGUCUCUAAAUGUUUCAUGUAAACUUUUGAAGACUUGUAUGGAGUUGAGGGCAUGUGCCAGCAGGAUUCCAGAAAGUAUUUCCUCAAUGAAGGAUGCUAGUCUCUCCUCAUGUGGGGUUAACAUCCCUGGACCUCCUCUAGCAGCAACUCUUCUUUUACAUCAACUUUCAUGUCGGGGCAUUUUUCUUCCGUUUCGCCUGUGGUGCGAUGAAUUUUCUUCUUUCUUUUUUUUUUUCCACCUUAUUUGCUUUUGCCAUUUUUUUUUCACUACGAUGAGCAAUUUUCUAUGGAUACUUAUAAUUAACAUAACAUCAUAUAACAUCUGUGCAAUUUAGGACGAAUACAACGCAUCUUUUGUACGUGAGGCCUCUGGUCUCCAUAUUCACUUCCUUUUCUCAUCUAAUGAGGAAUGUUUAUUUUAUGUAGCACAAUGCAACUCUAAGGCAGCAUUGGACACAUUGUAUUGGAUACUCACUUAUCCAUCAUCUGUUUUGCAUUUCAAUGUAACUUGAAGACUGAUUUCUGGUCAAUUUAACUGUUAUAAGGCUUUAUAGCCUGAUUUUCUAUGUUACAUUUAAUUUGUACAUUUCAUAUUUUGUACCUAAUGAAUAUAUGGACUUUUUUUCAACAUUUUGUGUUGGGAUUUCCUGAUAUGGAAAGCUCUAGAGGAAGAAAAGAAAAAAACACUACUUUCAUCCCAAUAGUUGGGAAUUGUUUGAUCGGUCUCAGUUUGAGGCUUUUAUUUUACAACUAUAAGAUAAGUUCUCCUGAGAAAGACAUGCUUCUAAGGAAAUAAAAGAACAAGUCUAUUCUGAAAAUACUGCCACACAGAAAUCAGUUUUGCUCUUAUACUGAAUGUUGUUUACAAUAUUGUGUCUUGUCUUUGUUGUUUGUACUUUUUUAAUUUUUAUACUAUAUUAGAGUCCCUAACAUGUUCAAUAAAUAUAUAAUAUUUCAGCUGUUUUUUUUUUUUAACUGCGUCAGCAUAAUUUAUCAUUUUACACUCUUUUAAUUCUUGCUACGCAAAACCUGUUUUGAUCACUUAUUUAAAUUAAAAGAUGUUUUUCGCUUUGUUUGACUGUUUCACAGAUUACUAUUCUUGUUUCACAUGACUGCAAAAGCCCACCGAGUCCAGUGGGCUUUUGAGUCACUUGAGUUAAUAAAGUUGGGAACUUUAUCAUGCCCUCCCCCACUUGACCAGCAGGGGGCAGCACAAGCCCGUCUGCUGCUCUG